AUGGCGACGACGCUACAAGACCUUACUGUGGUAGAAUUGAAGGAGAUUUUACGUUGGAAAAAUAUGAGCUCCACGGGCAAUAAAGCGGAACUGGUCGCCAAAAUUCAGGAAAUUGACAAGCAAGAGAGUUGGAAAGCCUUUAUUCAAGAAAAAAACCAAGUUGCAGAACAUAAUCUGCUACAAGAAGAGUUGCAGAAGACAAGGCUGGAAAAUGAAAACCUAUCGGCCAAGGUGGAAGCGUUGAAGAGCGAUCUGGAAAAACUAAAGGAAUCAGUAGCAAGCAGAGACCAAGGACAAAAUUAUGACGAACAGCUGAGAACUAUCAGAGCCGAGCGAGUGGAGAUGGCAAGGCAACUGGAUUUAGCUAGGCAGGAGCUGGAAAGAGUGAGACUAAAUAGAGAGAGAGACCCGGAAGUUCAACGCAAAUGA